CCGUCAACUGAGCACCCCCCAACACUCGUGAAAUCUCCUCGAGAAUCUCUUUGCACGUCCCUUCUCGCGAUUAUUUCACAAAACCUGAUACCUCAAGUGUCGUUUAAAAUCAUGUAUUGGAUCCUCCUUCUUUCCAUGGCUGUUGCCAUUCAAGCAUCAGUCUACCUGCCUCCUUCAAUUAAGGAGGAUCAAUUAUUGACCGACACUCUCCUCCGUGAAUUAAUCAACCAAAUGGGAAAUAAACUGGUGGACGCAGCUGAUUCCUAUCUGGAAUACCAAGACAAACCAAAGGAGAUUCCUAUUGAAUUGCCCGCUGAUUACGACGGGAUCGAUACGUUGAACCCUAAUCCCAGCAUUCGUGAUCAAGAGUAUCUGCAGCAUAGCACGUUGUGGAGCCAUCAACGUGUGAACAAUAAUGAUAAAGUGAACGAUAGACUGAGAGUCAAGCCUGGAAGUGUAAAGUACUUGAAGGACGAGAAAGAGAACACUUUGCCUGCUUACUGUACACCGCCGAAUCCUUGCCCUGUUGGAUACACAGAGGAGAACAACUGCAUCGUGAAUUUCGAGAAUACAGCAGCAUUCAGUCGAGACUACCAAAGCGCGCAGGAUUGCAUGUGUGACAAGCAACAUAUGUUGGAUUGUUCCGCUGACUCAACGAACACCAACAGUCUACCAAAUAUGCAAAUGCCUAACUCCAAUUUUAACCAAAUCGUGGAUCUAUUUCAAGCAAAAGAAAAUCCGUUUUUCCAAGGUGAGAAAUUACCGAUCGCGGCGAAGAAAGGUUUGAACGUUAUCUACUAA